AUGAGGUCCGAGCAUUCAAAGCCACGCCGCCCGAGCUACGGAGCUGACUCCGCAGAGCCGCCAGGCGGCUUCCGGCGCAGCGAGGUCGCCAACCACUCCGCAGUCCCCAUCGCAGGCGACGGCUCGCAAGUAGUUGUAGCAGACCGCGACCAGCGUCCCGGCAAGCCCGGGGACCGCCAAGCGCGUCCCGCCCCGGGAGAGAAACGCUCCGCCCUGCCCCACGGCCGCCCGCGUCCGAGCAGCGCCUGCGGGCAUAGCUCUCGGCGAAAGCCGCUGUUCCUCUCUGCCGUGCGCCUCGGAGGCAGCGUCAGGGGCGCCAAUCCCCGCGGUCGUAGCCCGCCCGGGGUGACUGCAGACUUCCGAUCCCGUUCCCCCACUCCACCGGCCGGCCGCCAGCCUCAGCCACGCGGCCGGACCCGUCGGGAAUGCCCCCAAGCCGGGCCGCCACACACUCUCAACUUCGGCCAUCGCUCCGGACCCCAAACCUCGGCCACGCGGUCCCGGCCCCCGGGGCGGUUUUCGCACGGCCCCGGGCGUGCGGCUUCCACCGCGGACCUUUCCUUCCUGAAGCCGAGCCCCGCGCCCGCGGUACACCGCCCCAAGGGCCCGGGCGCCAACCCACCCGGUUGGCGGCCCUCACCUCGGGCUCCUCGUCUCCACGCUCCCACUCACAUCCGGAACCUCGCCGGCCCUCAGAGCACCUAG